GUUCCCCCGGAGGGGCUUGAGGAGAAGCGCAGGCCGCGGGCCUCGCCGCCCGCCAGCCCGCGGACAGGCCCGGGCGCGCCCGGCCUGCUUUUGUGUAGGCCCGUGUGGAAGCGGGAGCGCCGCCCGCCCGCCGGCCGAGCCCGAGGCCCGCAACCCUGCGGCGGCUACCCUCCUGCGGCGCGGCCCCUCAUCCCGGCGAGCACGGCGGCGGGGUGGGCCAUGGAUUAAGGCGGCGGCGGCGGCGUGGGAGGAGGAAGAUGGCGGCCGGCAAGAGCGGAGGCAAAGCUGGGGAAACUACUUUUCUGGAAGCUUUGGCUAGAUCAGAAUCUAAGAGAGAUGGAGGUUUUAAAAGUAAAUGGAGCUUUGAUCAUGAAGAAGAAAGUGAAGGAGAUACAGAUAAAGAUGGGGCAAAUCUACUCAAUGUAGAUGAAGAUGAGGAUUCUGAAACCUCAAAAGGAAAAAAGUUAAAUCGUCGACCUGAAAUUCUUGCUACCAGUUCUGGUGAUUUCAUCUUGAAGACAUAUGUAAGACGAAACAAGACUGACGGUUUUAAAACUUUGAAAGGCAACCCAAUGGGACUUAACAUGUUGAGCAACAAUAAGAAAUUGAGUGAAAAUACACAAAAUGCAACAGUAUGUUCUGGAACUGUAGUUCAUGGUAGACGUUUUCAGCAUGCUCAUCCACAGAUAAAAACAGCAGCCCAAAGUCUGGACCGAAACGAAAGGAAAGAAUAUCCACCUCAUGUCCAAAAAGUUGAAAUUAGUCCCAUAAAGUUAAGUCGGCCCCAAGGUGUUGAACAUAUAAUGAGGAAAACAGAAGAAUCUGAAGCACACAUGGAGACUGAAAUUAAGAGGAAAGUACAACAGAAACGGCACUGUAGUACAUACCAGCCUACUCCUCUGUCUCCUGCUUCAAAAAAAUGUUUAACACAUUUAGAGGAUUUGCAAAGAAAUUGCAGACAAGCUAUAAGUUUGAAUGAUUCUACCGGACCAUUAUUAAGAACAUCAAUUCAUCAGAAUUCUGGAGGACAGAAGUCACAAAACACAGGAUUAACAACCAAGAAGUUUUAUGGCAACAGCGUGGAAAAGAUUCCAAUUGAUAUUAUCGUGAAUUGUGAUGAUAGUAGACACAAGUAUUUACAGACAAAUGGAAAAGUCAUUUUACCUGGUGCAAAAAUACCCAAAAUCACAAACUUAAAAGAAAAGAAAACAAGCCCGUCAGGCCUAAAUGAUCCAAUUAUUUUGUCCAGUGAUGAUGAUGAGGACUACAGUACUAACCGAAGAGAGAGUAUAUCUCCUCAGCCUGCUGAUUCAGCGUGUUCUUCCCCAGCACCAUCUACUGGAAAAGUAGAAGCAGCCCUAAAUGAAAACACCGGCAAAGUAGAGCGUGAUCUAAGAAGCAGUCCAGCUGACUCAGAGUUAAAUACGGUUACAUUGCCAAGAAAAGCAAGAAUGAAAGACCAGUUUGGCAAUUCUAUUAUCAACACACCUCUAAAACGUCGUAAAGUGUUUUCCCAAGAAACUUCAGUUGAUCCUUUUUCUUUAAGCUGCCAAAAUUCCUUUGAGAGUAUCAUUUUGCACUGUCGAAGUAUACGAGUAGGAACACUCUUCCGGCUAUUAACAAAGCCUGUAAUUUUUCGUUUAGAUUCUAUCCAGAUACAGCUAAAAGAACCAGAAGGUGAUCCUGUAGAUAUUAUUUUACAUACCUCUGAUCUAACUAAAUGUGAAUGGUGUAAUGUCCGAAAAUUACCAGUAGUGUUUCUUCAGGCCAUACCAGCAGUUUAUCAAAAGCUGAGCAUGAAACUGCAAAUGAAUAAGGAGGAUAAAGUUUGGAAUGAUGGUAAAGGAAUAAAUAAGUUAACAAAUUUGGAAGAACAAUAUAUAAUUUUAAUUUUCCAUAAUGGCCUCGAUCAUCACUUCAAUAUAAUAUUUGAAAAUAUUAUUAAUGACAUUGGUAUAAAGAAUAAUAUUUCCAAUUUUUUUGCAAAAAUCCCCUUUGAAGAAGCCAAUAGCAGACUUGUUGCCUGUACAAAAACCUAUGAAGAAAGCACCAAAGGAAGUUGUAUGCAAAAAGAAAAUAAAACUAAAACUGUAUCCUUUGAAUCUAAAAUGCAACUUAGAAACAAACAAGAUUUCCAGUUUUUUGAUGAUGAUGAAGAAGAAACUGGAGAAAGCCACACCAUCUUCAUUGGUCCAGUAGAAAAGUUGAUAGUAUAUCCACCACCUCCAGCUAAAGGAGGAAUCUCUGUUACUAAUGAAGACCUGCACUGCUUAAAUGAAGGAGAAUUUUUAAAUGAUGUUAUUAUAGACUUUUAUUUGAAAUAUUUGGUGCUUGAAAAACUGAAGAAAGAAGAAGCUGACCGAAUUCAUAUAUUUAGUUCUUUUUUCUAUAAACGCCUUAAUCAGAGAGAGAGGAGAAAUCAUGAAACAACUAAUCUGUCCAUACAACAAAAGCGACAUGGGAGAGUAAAAACAUGGACCCGGCAUGUAGAUAUUUUUGAGAAGGAUUUUAUUUUUGUACCCCUAAAUGAAGCUGCACACUGGUUUUUGGCUGUUGUUUGUUUUCCUGGUUUGGAAAAAGCAAAGUAUGAACCUAAUCCUCAUUACCACGAAAAUGCAGUCACACAAAAAAGUUCAGCUGGAGAGGACAGUUGUACUUCUUCUCCUUCAGCCAGUGAAGUGGACAGUUGUUCACAAAACUCUUCUCCCAAGCCUAUAAUUAAGAAGAUGCUAAACAAAAAGCAUGGCAUAGCUGUAACUGAUUCUAAUGCUGGACAGGAAGAAAAUGACCCUCAUUACCGGAGAAACAUAUGUAGUGUGAAAAAAAUAAAUCAUACUCCAAGUGAAAAUGAAGAAUCAGAUAUAGGAGAGUCUGCAUGCCUGAAAGUUGCUGAUAGGACUAAAAGUGAGAAUGGCCUUCAGAAUGAAUGUUUAAGUUCUGUGCCCAAAACAGAUAGCUUAAGGAAAAUCAGCAUAAACUGUGGUGAUGAAUCACCUGAAGGUGGUAAAAUGCUUGAAGAUGAACUCAUUGACUUCUCUGAAGAUCAGGAAAACCAGGAUGAUAGCAGUGAUGAUGGAUUCCUUGCUGAUGACAACUGCAAUUCAGAAAUAGGACAGUGGCAUUUAAAGCCUACUAUCUGUAAACAACCCUGUAUCUUACUUAUGGACUCACUCAGAGGUCCUUCCCGGUCAAAUGUUGUAAAAACCUUAAGAGAGUAUUUGGAAGUGGAAUGGGAAGUUAAAAAAGGAAGCAAAAGAAGUUUUUCCAAAGAUGUUAUGAAGGGCUCUAAUCCCAAAGUACCCCAGCAAAACAACUUCAGCGACUGUGGUGUAUAUGUGUUGCAAUAUGUAGAGAGCUUUUUUGAGACUCCAAUUCUCAAUUUUGAACUACCCAUGAAUUUGGAAAAAUGGUUUCCUCCUCCAAGAAUGAGAACAAAAAGAGAAGAAAUCCGAAAUAUAAUUCUGAAGCUGCAGGAAGAUCAGAGCAAAGAGAAAAAAAAGCAUAAAGACACUUACUUAACAGAAACAUCUUUAGGCAAAGGAACAGAACAUUAUGUCAACAGUAUUUCAGAUUGACCAUUUCUGUUGCUUAAUCAGUUCUGCCUUCAGAAACUAAAUGACUUUCAACUGUGGGUAUAGACAGUAAAGAACUGAAGUGCUCACUACUCAGAGUGACUUGGAAAUUUUAAUGCUUGUAUAAAUGUCAUAUAAUUAAUUUCCAAAGGAGUAUGUAUUAAGUAAAAGUCUGUAAAUAUGUUAAUGAGGCCAAUUUUUCCAGCAUUUAUAAUUAUUUUUUUCACUUGUUAGGAAGCUUUUGUUAUGUAUUUUCUGUUAAUAGUACUUAAAAUUGCAACUUCUAAACACAAAAUAAAAAGAAAAUAUUUAUAGGAGGAAAUGA